AUGCUACAGGAGGUUUGCGCCAAGAUCGACGCCGUAACGGCAGAAGACCUCAUGACGGUGGCAAGGCGCGCCCUGGCGACCCCCCCCAGCCUGUCCGUGGUAGGGAGCGAUCUCAACGGGGUGCCCACUUACGAGCAGGUGUGCUCGUGGUUCAUGAAACCCCCGCUGGAGCAAGAAAUGAAAGCUGGCCGAGGAGGAACACAGUAGUCGUGGCUCCCAUGUCAUGGCUCCCAUAUCAGAACGUCAGCAAGACGUCGGCUAGGGUGGUCAAGACCAAGAUCGAAAAGACCACUCUUGGGCAGGUUCGUUCGUUCGUUCGUUCGUUCGUUCGUUCGUUCGGUACUUUCCUUGGGGAUGAACGCAUGGCUGGAAGGUGUGUCGGUUAAAGAAUAGCGUCAUUGCGUUCAUCGGAACAGAAACAAGUGUUUUAAUUUCAGUGGCAGGACGAGGCGUGUUGGUUCUAUAGAACAGUCGUGGCUCCGAUAUAAUAGGGUACCUUACAAGAGGGGCCUCCAACAUCAGAUGUUGUCACGGAUUCGACCCACUAUAGUAUAGUUGGGUACCCUCUUAUUCUGGGAUAAGAGGGGGUUCCGAUGUGUACGAGGGUCGAAAAAUCGGGUUUCGCGGACUCGACCCUUUUGAGUAAGUUGGGUACCCCCGUUGAAGAGGGAGCUCCGCUACAAGAGGCCUUUGGUCAUACCACCCUCUUGUGUCAUGACUGUAGGCAUAAGGACAAGCGAUUUUAUUUAUAGCACUGGACCUUUGCGGG